AAAUAUACAGAGGGGUAUUAGCUUGUAGCAUAAUAUAGAGGAACCCAUAGCUAUGCUGCUGCCCAUGUAGGUGCUGUCGUUUGGGUGUUCAGGGUUGCAAUACAGUUUGUUGCACAAAAAGCAAUACAAGUCACAUGGAAGACGUUUAAUGAAGUUAUGAUUACCGGUAGUCUUCCCCUAUUUCAGUAAUAUCUAUGGAUUGGAUUUAAAGCUUAGGUCUUUCUGUAUCAACUUAGCUUCAUCAGUGAGCAGAAUUUUUGACUACAAUCCAUGAUGUAUCGACGUCAGAUUCAUGAGGCUCUUCUCAUAGCCGUGGAACAGGGCGACCUCCCAAAUGUACAGCUCGCCGUCAAAAGAGGAGCAGACAUUAAUGAAAUACCUUGGGGCAUGGAGUCAGUGCUAAUGCGAGCAAUCAGAUGUCGUCAUUCUGACGUUGCAGAAUUCCUCAUUGAGCAAGGUGUAGAUUUGGGGUAUCACUACGAGAAAACGAGCUCCCCUCGAGAGAGGAAACCACACGAGACUGCACGAGACUACGCAGAAUUCUACAAACUGCCAGAUAUAGUUCAGCUGAUUGACACAAAGAGGGCAUAUCGCCGAUAAAAGACACUGCUAAACAAAAAUAUCGAUGAGCUUCAAGAAUUUGUAAAUACUAAUCGCGAUGUGGUGGUGUACAUAGGGCCCUGCCCACACGAGGCAACUUUUGCAGGAAACUUUGAGGCUACCAACAGCAAGUGAUAUAUUUUUAUCGCAUAUGUACUCGGUACGCGCACAAAAGACGUGGAAUGAGGUGCAUGCUGGUCUCUAGCUAGCUAUCAAAUGUGGACACUAGCUAGACCAGCAUGCGCCUCAUGCGACAUUUUGCGCUUGCGCAAUGGUAUUUGCGAAAAGGUCUCCUUCAUGCCUACUUUGGUGGUACAUGAAUAAUUUGUUCCAAUUAAUCUCUUACGAUCCCAAGAACAAUUUGUGAACAUUCAAAUGCGGAAGCUUUUACCCUUAUGGAGAUUGCCUGGAACCGGUUGGUUUGUAAAAAUGGUUCAUGUGACAUGACCAUAACCCUUUAACAUCUGCCGUACUUUAAAGGGAAGGUACACUAUUGGUAAUUGUCAAAGACCAGUGUUCUCACUUGGCGUAUCCAAACUGCAUAAA